GUUCAAGUUCAGGAUCGACGUGUGCAGUGUUGGGACACCUUGCAGUUGCAGAGAUGCAGUUGCCAAAACUUCUGUCGUUUUUAGUGGAAUGCAGUUGCCGAGACUUGCAGACCAAUGGUGCCAUCCUCCCGGUUCAUGCACCACGCUCUCCACGUCCCCCACUCCGACCAAGAACAUCGGCCGAGAUCAUGGGCCGCUCCGCCGCGAUGAGCUUGCCUCCUCCCCGGCUUCUCCUCUGCGUCGCCGCGGCAGCGCUGCACGCGUCAAUGGCGGAGCAGCCAUCCUCCUCCUCGCAGCAAGCGGCAGCGGCGGCGGCGGCGGCGCCCGUGCCGACCUUCAUGUUCCGUUGGCACGAGAACAGGGCGGCGUUCCGUGCCGGCGAGACGGCGGUGGUCAUGAUCAAGGCGCUGGACCUCCCGGACUGGGGCGAGGCCCGGCGGUCGAUGACGUUCACCGCGACGGUGAACGGCAGGAGAGGCAACAGCACCUACAUCACCGACGUCGCGGCGCACCUCGAGGGGGAGCCCGACACCUGGAACCUCACCUUCGUGCCGCUCCGGGCCGACGGCUUCGUCGUGCUCACCGGCGAGGAGCGGUUCGACGUCGGUGAGUCGUACCUCCUCCUGGACGUACUCCAGCGCGUACGUCGUCGGAUCAAAGGCGCUCCCGGGAGGAACCGACAUAGCCGACGGCGAUGGAUACUGCACUGUGUCGGACGCAUCAGCCUUGAGUUUGUCCCAGUUGUUGCAGGGGAGUUCUUGGUUCACCACUGUUACUGACAGUUAAUCCAGGUUGCAAAAGUACUAAUGAUUCUGUUUCAGUACAAUGCUACUCGUAGGCUAGGUUUUUUUUGUUGAUAAUGGAAAUGAAUUCAGACUCUACAUCAAGGAUGUAUUCAACCAACUUCGCCACUGCUAAAAUUUGAAUUCUAAAAUUUGGAAUUAUGU